CUCAGUCUCGUGUGUGUGUGUGUGUGUGUGUUUGUCUCUAUGUGAGUGUGUCUGUGUGUGUGCGUCUGUCUGUGUUGUGUGUGUGUGUGUGUGUGUGUGUCUAUGAGUCUCUCUGUGUGUGUGUGUGUGUGUAUGUGUGUCUGUGUGUGCGCGUCUGUGUGUGUGUGUUUCUGUGUUGUCUGUGUCUCUGUGAGCGUGUGUCUCUCUGUGUGUGUAUGUGUGUGUGUUUGUCUCUAUGUAAGUGUGUGUGUAUCUGUUUGUUUGUGUGUGUGUGUUUGUCUCUAUGUAAGUGUGUGUGUAUCUGUUUGUUUGUGUGUGUGUGUGUCUUCAGUGGAUUGAUCCCUCUUUGAUCUGCCGCAUUCCUGAUGAGAAUAUUCCUGUCAGGAUGAGUGCGUGUUUAAUGCCGUUUUCCACAUGAGUGCUUGAGAAACACAAAGACCUUCACAAACACAGCCGCUUCAAUCUCGCAAAAUGGAGAAGGUGGAGAAUGAAGUUUUUACGCCUUUGUUGGAGGAUUUUCUGCUGUCUCUAGUGUGUUGGGUGAAGACGGUGUGUCCGCCUCGCUCUGACGCGUCGCGUCUGUCGGAGUUCAUGACGCUAGUGGACGGAGUUUAUCUGAACAACAUCAUGAUUCAGCUAUUACUGCAUUGAUCUAAAAGCACUGCUUAUCAAGAACAACCAUAACAACAAACAAUUGUGUGAGGGAUUCACAUCGAUCUCAAACCCUCACCGCUCAGCAACAACAAACAAUAACAACAAUAAUCAAUUGCGGAGACAUUACAGCAGCUGGUGAUGUCACUUCCUGAUGUCCUGGUGUUGGGCAGAACUCUUCUGAGUGAACAAGCUCUCGAGGAGUUGAAGUUAUUACUGCUGUUAUUGGGCUGUGCUGUACAGUGUGACAGGAAGGAGGAAUACAUCGACAGGAUACAGAUGCUGCUGGACUUUGACACAAAGGCCACCAUCGCCGCUUACAUUCAAGAGAGAAACAUCAACAUCAGUCUGAACAAUCCAGCUGAAAGAAAGACUCUGUAUGUUUUUAAACGUGGACUCUCAAAGACGAUAGAGAAGAAAUGUCCUUUAUUUUCCUUGAAUCAAGGAACCAAAACGAUUCCUGGACCAGAGUGUGAGUUGAAUGAAUUUGAUCCGGAUCAGCUCUGUGUCAUGAUCAAUGACCCACUUUGUUUUCUAUAA